CUCUAAUAGAGGUGGUGCUCCGUGGAUGUAUCUUUCCCAAGACGUUGUCUUCCACUUCAACUCUAUGCAAACAAGCCAAGCCCAGUGUCAAAUCAGGUACGUUUGGUCUGAAUCGAGACAGCAUCCGGUCUGAUACUAACGUUUUCUUCCAAGUAGACAUUCAUCUUCAUAUUACCUGGUAGUCACUCUUCAACCACCUUAGUCUUUUAUUCUUUCCGUCAUUUACAUUAUUCAACAUGCCCACCGAUUCGGCCCCGGAGUCACACCGAGAGAGUACUGAGGAAUACUACUAUAUUCCUAACCAUACCGAGGGUCGCCCACCUCAGUUUAUUAAUGAGAACCUCUCGUCGGCCCAACCUAAUGCUUCUAAUACCCAACCAAGGCGAGCCAGGUCUAUCGAGACAGACAAUACUAUGUCCGACUUCCCCCACGUGACCGACGGCGGCGAUGGCAACUACACGUACUUGCACUAUACCCCUUCAACGGCUUAUACGGAGAGUACCAUGAGAGCUGGCGAUCCCUUCGUCGCUCGCCCCGACUUGGCUUAUGUUGUUAACUACAACUAUUAUUCCGAUGGAGGAAACGGCGGAGGCUUGACCGCGCAAGCCAUUGCCGCCCUCGACCACGACAAUGCCAACGGGUACUACGGCGGCGUUAACGGCCGGGAGGAACCUUACCGGGUGGGAUACAACUACUUCCACGCCGAUUCUGGCUACGACCUAAGUACGAGCCACAUGAUGCCUUCUUCGGGCCCCAGGAGUAAGGCAUCGACGACGACAAACAAUUAUGUUCUCGUUUCGUCGACACCCGAGGAUCCCUCGGCGGAUAUGGUCCGAAGCGCCGGGAGCUGGCUGGAUGACAUUCCAGCCUCCCACGCUAGCUUGGCUAGCGACAUCGCGGACGAAGAUGUUACCGGUGCUUAAUGGCGACGACUGUAACGAUAAUAGUGAUUUAGAUGUGGUUUAUAAACUUUGGCGGGGCGUAUUUUGACUGAUAUGGCGGAAAUAAUUCUUCCUGCUCAUGGUUUGAACGGAUGAUUCUCAUGUCCUCAUAACCAUCUUGUUUCUACUUCCCCAUUAUCCCCUUCGCGGCCACAAAACGUAUAGGUACUCGGGCGGAUGGUCCGACAGAGAUUGGCGUUUUAUCAAAAGCAGCCACGCGGUGUUCCACGGGGCGUUAAGGCAGCUGCUCGUUAGGAGGGUCAUG